UUCUAGUAGCUGACCGCUGCCUGGCCGCUGCUAUGCGGCGCCUCGUUGCGCAGUGAUCCUCACUGCCUCCACCUGAGCUGCCGCACCGUCGCUUCAGGUUUACGCGCGGCUGUCGCGCCUUUAGACCGGUUGCUGCACAGCAAACCGUCCGGUUAGCAAAGUCACAGGGAAAUAACCGUAAAAACCAUAAAAGGAUGCAGAGGCAAAGGGCAGUUUAGAAAUAAUUCACCCGGUUGCCCUGCUGCAAAGUCAGCUUGUUACUGCAGGGUUAGAUUAUUAAUCCUAACCCCAACAGACAACAGCAGCAAAGUUUAGGGACCCAUUUAGCUAAUUAUUAGGAGGCUGAUAAUAUGAUCCUAUUUUUCUGGGAAGUGAUGACAUUUGGCAUUUAUUAACUGACUUCAGGCUUAAUAAGAGCUAAUAACCGCAUUUUAUAGACAUUUGGUUUCCAACCAUCUAAAACACGGACAAAGGGUUCAUGUGAUUUGAUGGCUCAGCAACAAGUGGAUCUGUGUGUGUGUGUGUGUGUGUGUGUGUGUGUGUGUGUGUGUGUGUGUGUGUGUGUGUGUGUGUGUGAAGUAAGGCUCAUUUUAAAGAAAGAAACGUUUAGAUUACCCCUUUUAUUAGGGAAUUUAAAUUAAUAAAGCAAAGGAGGAAGUAAAAAGCCACAUCAACGUGCCUUUCUAAGUGCUCAGACAUGCUUCGUGAUGUAGUAAAAACCCUGGCAGAUGACUUUUAUUCCUGAAGAAAGCCAACACACUCCAGUUCACUGAUAAGAUAAGUCUCCUGCUCGACUUAAAAGCAGUAAAAGUAAGAUUUUCCAAGUGUUUUUUGACAUUUUGAUGAAGACGUUAAGAAAGAGUAAUAGGGGAGACCAAAAAUGAGUCGUGACUGCAUGCUUUGUAUUGUCUUUUCUGCAUAAAAAGAGUUUUACUUCUGGGUAAAGUCAUUUAAUCUGACCGGACCAUCAGGAAAUACGUUUAAUGAGACAUCAGAUGAUGCAGAAUAAAAAAUGUAAAUCUCACAUUAGACAUAAAACAUAACAUCUAUUUAUUUGUGAUGCACACAGCUGCAAAAGCCCCGCUAACAAUCUAAGCUAGGGUACUUACACAUUUGCCUUGAGGUCCCUUUAACAGAUAACACUUAAUUCACAAACAACUUGCUUGCAAACCUCAACACACUUUUAUUGCCUCCAUCUGGAACAUCGUGAGAGUGUUGGGUUGAAGUGGAGUUGUGGUCAGAUCGCCGCAGCCGGCUCUGUUUAUGACUUGUGAUGUCUGUGAUUCACUUUCCUCAGCGUGUUUUGUGGCCCGACGGUGUUUAUUUGGCAGUUUUAAUAAGUCAACAGUGCUCACUGUCAUUCAGGGUGUGUUUUCUGGAUACGUGUGUGUGUUGGUUAAAACAUCAGAGCCCACACACUGGCAUGCAAACCUUCUGCUGAACUUUCUCCUUAUUUGCUCUUAUUUUUAUCAGUCUGGUUUUUGUUGUGUCUGUGCUUCUACGGUCGCAGUGACGUCAGAUCGCCUUGCUGCUACAGUUACCUUCUGGCUUCGAUGUGGUUUGGGGUUUUAAGUCGGAUCAGAGGCAACAGUGAUAGAUGCUGGAGCCUCCUCAGACAGCAUGACCUCGCUGUGUGGUCUGUUGCAGGAGUUUUGACUCUCCCGAUCCCUCCUACGCAGCACAGAAAGGCACCUUUAACAACCUAAACCAAACCAGCAGUCGGAGACUAGUUGAAAUAUUAGAUGACUUCAGCUGAAAAGCAUUCUGGAGAACCUAUUUUGCAGGUUAAGGCCGCAAAAAUGUUCCAGAAAGGAUGUGAAAUGUCGUUUUAACAGAGUGGUAAAUAACCAGCUCAGUGAUGAUGGUGUUUGCAUCCACGUGAUCUUUUUUUCAAGGUGUGGAAUUUUGUAACGGUCAAACCAGCAGCCUCCUGCAUCCCUCACAUACCAGCACAACCACACUUACUCUUUUCUUCCGUUCCUCCCCUCUUUCUCAUGUGCCCACACACUCACUUAAUGCUCCCACCUCUCUGGGCCCAAGACACCGUACAGACACGUUACACAUCUACACGGCCAGCUGAGGGGCGAGGACUUAAACGUCUCACAGCACAGAGAGCCUCAGUAAAUCUGAUAAAUGUUUUCCAGCUAAAUCUUUGGAACUGCUCUGAAUUUUUCUUGGGUUUGUUUCUACUGCUUCAGCAGAAUCAUUCUCACUGCGUCUUUGUUCUAAUCUUGUUCAUGAGUCAGCGUUUUCUCUGCUCUUUUGUCUUUCUGUUUCCCAUCAUCGAUAAACUCCUCAGAUAACAACUUUUCUGGUUAUAAGUGUUAACAUCUGUUUAUGGAAAGCCAGCUGCAUGCUGACAGGAUUUGGUGCUCACUCAUGGUCUUGGAUCUCUCACCAUCCUCAAUUCCUCACAUGGAUGAAGAUUAAAGCCGUGCCAGUUAAUUUUUCUGCCUCAUUAAUGAUUGCUCAGUCACAGCAGCGCAAUCUCAGUAACUAUUAUUUAAAUGUGUAUUAUAGCCAUUUUCAUUGUUCCCAGGUGUAAAUUGAGCAGGAAAGUGCAAUUUACUUGUUAUUGCACUUCUAAUAAAUGGCAAUAAGAAAUCCACUAAUUUUUAAUUAGGGCUGCACAAUAUUAGGAAAGCCUGCAAUGUGCGAUUACAGUGAUUAAUGUUGCGAUGACGAUAUGACUUGCAGUAAAUAAAAAAUAAAUUAACUCGAGAACAAAAAAAUCAAAAACAAACUAAUAAAAAAAUUUACUAAAAAUUAUCAUAAAAAAUAGGAAAAGCAAAAAUUGUGAUCAAAAGAUGUGAGGAAAGGGAAAAAGAAAAAGAAAAGGCAUCCAGUGGAUCCUGGAAAAGCAGAAUCGUCGUAAAGAGCAGAACGACGCUAACUCAGGUGUUUGCUAGCCAUCCAAAUAAGGCCAAGGGGGCGGGCAUCUAACCUACAAGAACCCACCCAAUUGGCCAAAUAGGUGAAGAGCUCUAUUUGAUUUGUCAAAAACAUCAUGCUUCUGUUUGAUUGACCAAAUGCAUUAUAUGUAGGAAACAUCUGAGCUGAGCGUUCACUGCUGUUAUUUCUGUUCUUUGCGAUAUGCGUAUUGCGCAUGCCGAUAUCGCCAUGACGAUACAUUGCGAUGUAUUGUGCAGCCCUAGUUUUUUUUUCUGUGUUGUAAAAAUUUGAUUUUAUAUCUAAAUAUGUUAUAUACUGUUGACAAUAAAAAAUAUAAAUAUUCCUUAGAAUAAAGACAGAAUUAAUUACAGUAACUAUAAAUUAGAAGUUGUGUCGUGAUAUUUUUGAUGAAUGUCUGUGUGACAGAAACGUUUUGGUCUUUGCAGAAAUUCUCAGAAUAAAAGCAAGCCUGCAGGGACAUGUGUCCAUUAGAUGUGUCUUUGUUAAAAAGACAAAUGAUCCUCUGUGUAGACAGAAAUAUUCAACUGAGAUGUUGCUGUCAGACUGUCUGGGAUCGUAUGGAAAGAGCACAAACCUCCUAAGAAAGAGGGAGAUUCUCCUCAAAAGGGGCUGCACCCCCUCCCCAGCUUUCUAUGGAAAGUUUGAAGAUUAACUCAUCAUAUGAACACAUGAGAGCAGACAUGACUUCACUGCUGCAACGAUUAGCUGAUUAGCAACAGCUGCUAUAGUACUUAGUCAUGUGGUUAUAUAACGAGCAGGUCCAUACGGUGAGCCAGGAGUUUAUAGUAAUCUUCAGAUUGCUGCAGGAUAUUUAUUACCCAUGAGUAUGUUCUGCUUUGAACAAGCACAUAUUGCGUAAGAGAGCGAGUGACGACAUCUAAACGUGAGCAAGAGAAAAACAGCGUGAUGUGUCCCCCGGUCCCCCCAGGGUCCGACGAUGACAAAAAUAGUCUGACCGUGCGCCCAUCUGCCUUCCUCCACUGGGAGCCAUAUUGUGUGUGUUUGUGUGUGUGUGUGUGUUUUAGUUUCUGUUUAGUGAUCACAGAUGUGCCAGGGUUGACAGAAGGGAGACUGUUUAAAACAUCAAAUGAACCGAUAAAUCUGAUCUUGUCUUUGAUGUCGUGUGCUCUGCUGAUUUAUUCAGAUUUUAUUGCUUUACAUGUUUUGUACAUUUAUCUUUCUCAGUUGACAAAAAAAAGACGUUUUGAUGAACCUUGCUGUUAUUUUAGCUGCUGGGUGAUGAGAUGAGAUUAUUUCUGAAAAGCAGGGAAGUCACUGAGACUAAUUUGGUCAAAUGCCUUUUAAAACUCAGUAAUCUUUACUAAGUGCAAACAUCUGAAUCCAUCUGAAAUCCAUAGAUUAUCAUAGAGUAAAAUUUACUAAAUUCUUUUAACCCUUUUUUAGUGUUUUUGUGUAAAAAUUGUAACAGUCACUGUCUUGCCUGCUGCCUUCUGAUAGGUUUGAUGAUAAUGUGUGAUCCUGGUACCGCUCUGACUUGCUGGCAUUAACAGUUCAUCUCCAACAACUGUAAUUAAACAGAAUACAUUUUUGUUUUUAAAUUUCUGAUUCACCUACAAAUCCGUUAUUGUUAGUAAAGGCGCAUCGCAGGCCAAGGGACUGCUAAUUUUGGACUGAUUCUGAUUUUGGAAUCCGUCUCAGGUCUUUUUCUCUGGACUGAUGAGGUAAUGACUGAUGCACGAGCAGCCAAGAUGAACCUUCAAACAGAAACGUGCUUCCAAACUGCCAGAAGAAAUCCUGUCAGCUUGUUUAGAGCUGGCAGGUGAACAUUAAAGCAUAUGUUUUCAAACCAGUUCAUCCACCAACGUGGUCUCCUGACUAGGGGUUGCAUGACUUAAUUUUUUUUAAAGUCGACAGUCAAGUAAUGAAAAUCGAGUCGACUUCGACUAGUCGUUGAUGACGUCAUACACCUGAAGCGGGGGGGGGGGGGGGGGGGGUCGGUUGGUUCGCUGGAGUUUUUGACAAUUAAAACUGCGCCCACAUUUUCAAAGUUAAACACAUUUCUUUUAACAACGGUAGUUUCUGCUUCAGCCCUCUCCCCCCUCCGCCUGCGCAGCGGCCGCAAACUCACUGAUGCGCCUGCAGCCUCUCUGAGUUCCUGCUGCUCUAAACAUUAAAAUAAUAAUUUCAUUUUCUGUUCCUCACUUCUGAUUACCUUCAGUGGUGUCUGUUUGUUGCAACCAGCAGGUACAAAAACGAACUUGUUUUUAUUUGACUAUUUUUCUGUCCUGCCUGUUUAUUAUCUUCCUGCAUCUCCUCUCAAUCCUAAAGAAAAACUGCUACCUGCGUUCAUAUAUAUUCACCUUAUGAGUUACCUUUGAACUGCAGUUCUAAAAGAUCUACCGACCGCAAAAACAGCGGAGUGCGAGCUGCUCGCCGGCCGCAGUGCGUCACCGGAGGACAAAACAGAUGAUGCGCCCCGCUCCACAGCAGCGAGGUGCAUCAGGCAAAAAUAAAAGACAGAAAACAUAAAAGGAAAUGAGCCGACAUGAACGAUCGCGUUACAUUUGUUUUUGAGUGGCGACACCUGAUUUGAUAAUGUUAUUGUGGCCGUGCUCAGGACGCAGAUGUCUGGAGCGCGUCAACAAUCAGAGCUUUGCAUUAGCAAGCUGGUUAAGAUUAGGAUGGGGGUGAGUGGAAGGUUAAAUUGCAAGAGGGAAAAGGUCACAAUUUGGUUAAAUGUCCGUUUUACGACGGGUGUCAGUACCGACGCUCUGGCACAGCGCGUCGCCUCCGCCUCGAUCCAGACGCGCAGGGGCUCCUCACCUGCUGUCUUUUCCGAGGACUGCAUCUUGUCAUUAUCACGUGACAGCGACUAGUCGACGACAGGCAUAAAAAGUCACUACAGAGCACUGAGGUCGACUAGUCGACUAGUUCAUACAACCCCUACUCCUGACCUUGCUUUUUUUUUCUUAGAUAUUCUUCUGUCACGUUGUAAGGAUUUAUACCCCCCACCAUGUUCUAAUUUUGCAGCCUUCACUACUUUUCUCACUCUUCACUCUCAUCCCUCGUCUCACACACCCCCACUCCCGCUGCCAGCUUCAUCACUUCAUGCCUCCUUCAGCAUUUGCUCUUUUCCAUCUCUGCUAGGCCUUUCUCAUAUCUCCGAUUUCUAAAUGAUGACAUUAUUAUCACACAGCUGUGGGGCUAUUACGGAUAACGUUAGUAGAACAGAAAGAAAAGGGGAGGGGAUUGGCUUGUUCAACCAGGGGAGGUAGCUGAGAGAGGAGAGUACAUAAACACUGAGGUUAGUGCUAGUGGUGGAAAGUGAGAUAAACAGUCAAGCUUUUCUCUUCGCUUGUGUGUAGCUGUGCCAAAACAUCUUCCAAACGAAAGAUUUAUAUUUUGUGAGUAUUCAAAUCAGCUUUCAGAUAGCAUUUCUGUGUGUGUGUGUGUGUGUGUGUGUGUGUGUGUGUGUGUGUGUGUGUGUGUGUGUGUGUGUGUGUGUGUGUGUGUGAUCAUUAGCUCACACACACUUUCCAUACACUCACACAAAUGGCUCCUGUUCAGCAGCACAAACUGCACAUCCGGACCGGUGUGAAACUGCAGCAGCCUCUCUGAGACCUCAUCAUCGUGACUUUAGUGGGACGAUGGUGUGAUGAACAGACUCAGACUUCAUGAGGGACCACUCGCCUCACAUCACUGCUCGGCAGAACAUGGCUCCCACGUCCCUCAUCUUUCUGGCCACGUCCUUCUCCCUCCUCCAUGUCUCUGAUGCCCAGACCAUCAUUGGCUCCUCCCCAUCCUUUCCAGCUCUGGACCUACCUGCUGGUUCUUCACCCACGAAGCAGACGGUUCGAUUUUGGCCCUCUCUGCCUCCUAGAGGACGCAGCGAUGUGCCCAUCAGAGUAACAAUUCUGGAGAGACUAUCACAUGUGAAUUCAGUAGAACAAGAGGAAAGGAUGAACCUCCCAAUGACAGAGUUCAAUCCCUCUCUUAUUUCUGUUCUGUCGACACAGAAUCCCAGCAGAGGGCAAAUUGUAACCCAACCGUCUGCCUCCAGACCCAGGACUGACAUGGCUAGUUUAGCUGUCAGGAGGGCUUUAACAAAGGGACAAGCUGCUAAAAGAGGUCAAACUCCACCUUUACCUACCUUUCCCUCUGUUGCUGACCCUGUAGAUGAUGAACCAGUGACAGCUGGGAGUCCAGAGGACAGUGAUUCACAAGGGUUUGGAUCCGGUGGAACUCCAACAGCGACAUUUCUGAGGGAUGACUCUGACCUUAUGCCAAAAGCUGGUGGUGAAAUGGCACAAUACCAGCCCCAGGCUCAGACCAUGACAUCCAAAGUUAGUGAUGUAAAACGCCCAUCACAUGAAGACCAGACUGUGGCGACAGCGACCAGUUCAACCAGAGCAACCUCCACUACACCACAGCCUGAGAAAAGAGCCACUCUGCCCUCUGUGAUAACGCAGCAAACCUCAAAGACUUUGGGUUAUCAGGAAGAAAACUCUCUUGAUGACAAAGUUCCACCAAAGCAGGACUCCGCCGCCGUGACAUCGUCCAACUCUGACGCCUCUACUGAUAAACAGUCACAGAUGGCGGGACAACUUGUUACGGGCCGAAGCCAGACCAGUUUGCUUCUAAACACUUCACCACACACAUCUACGACUGUUGUUCUAAGCACAGCACGCACGGCUGAUCAAACAACAACGCUCAGCAGCAAAACCACACAGACAGGAACAGGUUCAGCUAGCACGACCAUCCCGUCGACAAGGAGAGGAGCCUCUUCUGCGCCCCCUACUGGCGUCAUUCCUGUUAUCCGAUCCAGAUUCAGCCCAACGUUCCAGGCUGAUAAGAACCACUCUAUUCCUCUGGGACAUCCUCGUCAAGCUCCCUAUUCCACUUUUAUUCCUCAUGCCUCCCCCAGUGCCAGUCCCUCCAACAAUGGCACUUUUAUUUAUUGGGGCGAUUUGAGCCACACGCUAGCAUUAGCCUGGGAACUGCAUGUGUAUGGCUCAGCAAGCCUGUUCCUCCUCCUGUUUGCCGGAGCUGCUCUCGGCCUCGUGCUGUCUCCUGGCACAGACUGUCCUCAUCGAGGAGCUCUGGCCCUUGCCAAUGCGCUUCUGUUUCUAAUCGGAGGCCUUAGAUCUGCUCUCUUUUUUAUCGACCCUUAUGGAUCACGGAGAAUCCUCCCUCGUCCUGCUGUCACAGCCCUCUACAACCUGCCUCUGCCCCUGCUGGUGUGGACACAGGCGGCCCUGGCUCUGCUUGCACUGAGAGCUGCUGGAGUCAGCGUGUUACCGUCCACGCUGGAGCAGCCUCCUCUGGUGGCAGUGCUGACUGUGUUACAGUGUACCCUGCUGCUGGCUGCUGAUCUGCUGUCCCCAGCUCUGUCUCCUGUGGUGCCCAUUACCCUACAGGUCCUGUCCUUAUGCUGGGGUUUGGCUCUCUGUUUGGGCUUCCUCUGCUAUGUGUUUCCACGUAUACGCUGCCCUCCUGUCCCCCAUCAUGGUGACCCUGAAGAGACUACAAGGAAGGCUUGGAUUGGAAAGCAGAAAAGAGUGGUUCUAGGAAGGGUGCUGGCUGCUUGUGCAGUUCUUGGAGCUUUGUGCUGUGGGUUACACGUCCACGCUUGCUUGUGGCUCUAUGGACUGUUGGGGGAUUGGACACGCUUCAACUGGGGAUGGUGGCUUGUGCACUUCUGGGCCCGGCUCCUGGAACUGGCCUGGGGGCUCUCUCUCCUUUUUCUGGGUUCCUGUCUUCUCUGGAGGUCUGGUGGGUGCAAAAGGAGCGAAGAAGGAGGACAGGAUGGCAGAGCAGCAGGUGAACUCUCCUCCCCAGGACAAUCUGGUGGCUCCGCUCAAAGACAUACAUGCUGGUCCAAGAUAGUCCAGAGUCUGCGGGGGAAGCCCUGCAGAAAGUCUGACAGUAACGGUGUAGGAGGAGGAGCAGGCGAGAUGCCGAACAACUGGGCCGGUCAGGAGCGUUCUGGAGCUGAUAUCAGCAAGAGUCUGAUCAGGAACCAGGACUAUGAACAGAACAGUGCCCAACCUCGCUGCGUCAAGGACAGCAACCAUGCCAGGAACCACAGGGGCCACUCUGCAGAGCGAGGCAUGUCUGAUGACUCCACAAGCUCCCUGCUGAGGCUGCAGACCUUGGGUCAACCCCCUCAGCGCUCCGUUAGUGGCAGUCUGGACCAGGACAAGGACACAUCUCUGUCUCUCUAUGAGUUUGAUCUGCGUCCCCCCUCCCCCAUUGACUUGACCCGCAGCAUUGACGAGGCUCUGCACAGAGAACAUUUGUUAGGAGGUGGGAGUCUCUUUCAUCCUUUAAAUCAAGCCUCGCCUUCUCCUUCUCCUGGCUCCGGGAUCAGCCAGGCCUCCUGGAUCCGUAGGAACAGUGACCCUCAGCUGCUGUCUGAUAGCAGCGAAGCCCCUACAGAGUCCUCCAUGCCACUGGGGGGCAGCAUUCUCAGCAGUGUACCCAGCAGACAGGUGACUGCUCCCCCCACACCCUCCCACCAGGGCCACAGGUGGGCUGGGAAUGGCAUAAUAACUGUCCCCUCGUCAGUAUCCUGCCCAGUGUCACUUCGUCCAUCCAGAACAUCAACAGGAAAUCUGGGGGAGGACGGAGUGGAUGACACACGACCGUUUUUCACCCCAGACUCGGAGAGGGUGCGAGGUAGAGCUGGCAGGCCGGCAGGGUCGCGCAGUUACCUGGAGGUCAGUCGUCAUGACGAUUCUGCUAGCAUGAGCAGUGAAAUAAUCAACCUCUAAACCAAACCCUGACCUUUUAAGACGGACAACUGCACUUCACACACUUUCAUGUAAAGACUUCUGCAAUGAGAUACCGUAAUCUGCUGUCUGAAACGAUAUUUCUGUAAUGGGAACAUGGAAAUAAUCUGGGUAAUUAGUCUUAAACUUAUCAUCUAGUUGCAUUUUAUCUUGUUAGAGGAAGCUUUAAACUGGUUUUGACUCUUUACUCUUGCAGCAAAACUGGGAAUUAAGCACAAAUAAGCAACAGGGCACAUUCAUUCCGUCUCUUACUUAUUAUUAAAAUCAUCUAUUUCACACAUCAUAUCGGUAUAACAUCAGGUUAUCAGGUUAACCCUAACCCAUACUCCCAUGUCUUCAGAAAGGCUAGUUAGCAGAUCUGUGAUGGUGAUGAGAUCUUUUCCUCCGAUGAUGAACUCCCUGUAAUGUGACCAAGUGUGUUUGGUCCAAUAUCUCAUGUUUAAAAGUAUUUGUCAGCAUUUUAUGGGUUGUGAAUUCAUCUUAGUUUGUUCUGUUUGCAUUGGUGAUGUAAAUAUGUGCCAUAUGUAACACAGUUGUUUUCAUAGCAUUGUUACCAUAGUGACUAAUCUGCAGAUUACAGUACGUCUAAACUCGCGUCCUGCUUGUUUGGUUUGCUUUGUGCGUGAAAGCCGGUUACACAGAGAUGCAGACAGUAAACACAGAACAGCUCGUGCUAUCCAGGCGCAUGCUCGCGUGUGAAAAUGCUACAGAGGAUCUUAUCAGUUGGUAAAAUUAUUAGGCUCAAUCAUGAGCUGUUAGCUUAAUGCAUUUUGUUAGGUAAACAUGAUGCAAACAUGGCUUCUGGAAUCCAAAAACGAUGUCUCUGGUUGCAUUUUUUUGCAGAAUCUGAAUCAGAAUAGUGUCUAGUUGAAGAGUUCGGUAUUUAAGUGCUACACGGAUUAGUAGGGCUGCAAAAAACAUGGCUGCUUGACAUCAACUCAGUAACAGCACUUCCCUAUAAUCCAGACUCAAGUAUUUUACUGUAUUUUAAACUUACAAUGUCUGCUUAAAAAGAAAAGCAAUGUAAAUAUUAUUUUUAAUGUUGAUGAAUAAAGCUGUAUUUGGACCUUAGUCGUAGUUACUGUGAAGGACAAUCUGAAGCAGUAUUGCUGAAGGCACAAGCUAGCUUCGCUAAGACUAUGAGGAUGUAAAUUCUUGUUUACUCAGUUUGAAGCUGAAAAUCACUCUGAAAAGUAACUGCCUGAAAAAUGUUAGUGCAUGUUGGGAAAUGAAUUUGUUUCCAAUCAUUUUUAAUUUUAGAUGGUCUGGAACCUGAAAUUUAAACAGUCUCAAAAACAUUUGUUGGAUUUGUAUUCAAGCGUGUAGUUUCCUGGCUCUAGGGGGCAGCACAUACAUUUCAGGGUAGUUUUACACCAUAUCGCUGUGACUGUCGCUAGUUGCAUUACGGUAAACAUUGUUACCUGUGGAGGAGAAAGCGUGCGACCCCAGCGUAACUCCUCAGACUUUGAUGGUCCUUCAGUUAAUCACCUCUGUCAGUGUGCCCCAGGGCCCCAUCAGUGUGUGAAUGUGUGUGUGAGUGGAUGAAUGAUACACUGUAGAGUAAAGCGCUUUGGAGUCCUCGGACUCUGUAAGGAGCUAUACAAGUGCGGGCCAUCGAGAGAGUGCAAUGCCAAUUGUAGUUUUUUGGCGUUGUGCUUUUUGGAUCUGCUCAGAGUCCUGCGCCUGCCAAAAUAUGUUGCAUCUCUUUUACCAUUCUCUUCUUUCAUGUGUUUUUGGGAAGAGUUUAGCUGUUUUGUUGUUAAAUUUGUGUUUUUUGCUUCCUAAAUAUUUUUUGAACGUGGUUACGUAACUUCUGUACGUCCAACGCGUUCUCACAACCGAAGCGGCUAAAACUGACUAAGCGUGACCAAGCGUUUGUUUCCGACGCCCACAAUAAAAUGGAGAUUUCACCAAAUUGUGACCUUUACCCUCUUGCAAUGUAACCUUCCCCUCACCCACAUCCUAACCUUAACCCACUUGCACAUGCAAAACUUUGUUUCUAGUUGUAUCGUCUGUCUCAAACACUGUUAACGAGAAGUUUAGAACGAGAAUCUGGGUUAAGGUUAGGAUGGGGGUGAGGGGAAGGUUAAAUAUCAAGAGGUUAGAGGUUGAAUGUCAGUGAAAUGUCCAUUUUCCCACAAGCGUCGUACACCAUUGUCACCUCCCGACACGUUGGGAGCCACAACGCGUAGGAAACAAACGCUCGGUCGCGCUUUCUCAGUUUUAGCUGCUUCUGGUGUGAGAAUGUGUUGGUAAAGCAUACGUCCAGCCAAUCAUCUAGCGUCGACAGGUGCAGGACCUUGAGUCAACCAGAUGGAAACAUAGCGUCCCCCCAAAGAUGCUAGAGCCACGCCCCAUGUACUUUAGACCCAAUUUUUAUGGAUUUAAUGUACAAAGCCACCAUUAUUUUUUAACAGCUGGACAUCAUUUUGUUCAUUUUCAGACUACACGUUGUCUCUUUAAAUGUAUGCAGUUACCAAGGCUUGAUUCACAACUUCAAACUUUUUUUCAGUAUUUACAAACUCAGACUUGAGUCUGAAUGUUGCUUUGAGCUGUGCAGUUUAGAUAAUUUGAUGUCAGAUGGUCGACUGUUUACCGCUGAAAGAGCUGUGAGUUGAAACCUGACCAACAUGUUACGUCGGGAACUUUUAGUGAUCCAGAUUGUGAUGGUAAUAAAGAUAAAGCAGGGUUUUGUUAAAUGUAUUGUUACAUAUCUAGAUGUUUUCUGUUUCUGCUUUAAGUGUUAUUUUUAAAUCAUGACAAAAUCAUUGAAUAAUAUAACAAAAUACUUAUGUUGGUUCAUUAAGAAGCCGUUAAAGUCUGUUGUCAGUUGCUUUGUUUGGAUUACAGUUAUUGUUGGAGACCCUGCAGGACUUCAGCGGUAUGAGACGCUUGAUCUCUUUAGCUUUAAAGGUAGAGCUUGGCCUUCUGUCGCUGGUUACAUUCCAAAGAGCCUGUUUGAGUUACUGCAUAUUCAUCAGCUCAUGUUUUCCUACGUUUACCGCCGAGGUUCCUCCAGCGCCCUCAGGGUCGUUCCACAAUGCAGCACGUGCCAUAGAAAAUCCCAUGUGUUCGUUUCAUCUGUUCAUUUUACUUAUGGAAGUUUUGUUUGUGUUUUCUGCUGCUUUUGAUGUUUGGAUUAAAAUAAAUCUGUUGUACCCUCA